CUAUUUUUGUCCCUCACCCUUCUUCGCCUGGCUGCAUCGACACGAUUUUUCCGGCAACUCGACUCGAGAAAGACUUUAUUCUACACCACGGCUAUUGUACAUACCGCUUAAAGUCGAAUAAUCAGUUGUUGUGCAAAACUUCGCUCUCCAACAGCCAGUUGCAGCUGUUCAUAUAUUUUGUGGUUGAACUAUGCUACAGCUUUGGAGUAGUCAUUUUUGGGCUCUCUUCAAUAUCCUGAUUACCCUCUGCCGGUUGUCAUCGCUGUCGAACGCGGCUCCGACAGACGUCCCUUCAGCCGCGUCCUUUUGGGUUCCUUCUCUACCAGACAUUCACCAAGACCCUAUACAUCCAUUAAACAUCUACGCCGGUCAUAUUUCUUCUGAUCCGCAUGCGUCCGAGGCAGAGCCAAACGCUAUCACUGCUCACCUGUAUUUCGUGCUGGUUCAGAAUCGAAGAACGGCGGAUAAGGAAAGGGUCAUGUUCUGGUUCAAUGGAGGGCCGGGGUGUUCAUCGUUUGAUGGGCUCAUGAUGGAAGUCGGGCCUUGGAGGAUGGAUGGCAAGGGCGGCUUCAAGGUUGCUGAAGGCGGUUGGGAAGAAUAUACGACUAUGGUUUAUGUUGAUCAGCCCGCUGGUACUGGUUUCUCGUACACAAGCUCAAAUGACUUUGUGCACACGUUACAACAGGGUGCAGAGCAGUGGUUGGAAUUCCUUCGUAAUUUCUACAAGGUCUUUCCUCAAUACAAACGCAUGGAUACCUAUCUCGGAGGAGAAAGUUAUGCUGGACAGUAUAUCCCUUACUAUGCUGACGCUCUCCUGAACUCGGAUCUAUCGGUACCUCUCAAAGGUGCAGCUAUCGGGAACGGCUGGAUGGAUGCUCGUCGGCAGUACCCCUCAUACCUUGAAUACUCCACCAAAGUAGGGAUAUUGGAGGAGAAUUCUGAUGCGUGGAAGGAAGCUAAGCAGAAAACAGACGCUUGCAUGACUAGCGUACACGAAAUUACUGAUCGAGAGCCAAUCUCAGUACCCGCAUGCGAGAGUCUGUUACUGGAUGUAACCAAGGUUCGACAGAGAAAGGUGGAGAACAAGGACAUGUGCAUCAACAUAUAUGAUGUUCGUCUGGACGAUUUAGCACCUGCGUGUGGGAUGAACUGGCCUCCAGAUAUUAAGCCUAUCACCACAUACCUGGACCGCAAAGACGUCGUCCGUGCUCUUCACGCCGAAUCUCAUUCUGAAUCCUGGACCGAAUGUCGAGGUCGUAUUCAUAGAGAGUUGCACGAAAACCAGUCGAACUCGUCGAUUACUGUGUUGCCUCGAGUGCUCGAAAAAAUCCCUGUGUUACUCUUCGCUGGCGACCAGGAUUUAAUUUGUAAUUAUAUUGGGAUGGAGGCGAUGAUUAAUGCGUUGAAGUGGAACGGGGAAACUGGACUUGGGACGGUCCAAACCCGUUCAUGGAAUGUCAAUGGCGCGCCUGCUGGGACAUGGGUCUCGUCGAGGAAUUUGACUUAUACCAAGAUUUUCAACGCAUCACAUAUGGCACCCUUCGACGUUCCUCAUGUCACGCACGACAUGAUCCUGCGCUUCAUGGGUGUGGACUUUGCCAGUAUCGUCGAAGGUUCAGCAAAAAUUCCGAGUAGUGUUGGCUCUGAGACUAAGCCGAUGUAUGUGGAGGCUGAAACUGCGACCGCUACUCCUGUGCCUACAGGAAAGACGCCGCAACAAGAUAAAGCUAUGUGGGAGGCAUACUAUAAUGCCGGCUCCACUGCGCUCGUCCUCCUCCUCAUCGUCAUAUUUAUCGGUCUUUUCAUCUGGUGGCGAAGACGUCAGGCGCGCGCGCAGAGCCUACAUUUACCUCUCAACCAAUCCGAGGCUGAGGCUGAAGAAAGUAUACCUCUAACUCGUCGUGGACAAAAUGAUUCUGUGCAAGAUUUUAGACCGAGGAAAGGGAAAGAGAGGGCGGUGGUUGAGUCGUCUUCGCCAAAUGCGCCGAUAUUCGAUGUUGGGAGUGAUGAUGAGGAUGACCAAAAGUAUCGGGAUAAGUAAGCAGAAUGACUUUUGAGAUGAAAUUGAGAUUCGGGUGUUUGGUUUCUUAUAAAAAGAUGCUGUGGAAUAAUUAUAAUGUACAGACUUUUCGUAACUUAUCACCAUUAUUUUGAGAGGCUACCCAGCGCUUAUUUACUGUACAUA